GUGAGAGGUGCCGCGCAGUGCUGGAUUCACCGCAGUGUGGCGCGGAGCGGAGUGAGGCAUCAGGCAUCAAACAUCCAUACCACGAAGUGAGCAGUGGCAGACGAAUGUGAUCUGGGUGAUUUGAAAAGCCAGCAGCUCCUGUCUAGCCAACGGAAAACUGAACCACGUUUGGGUAUAACAAACAGUACUGCAGAAUUAUGUCCGAGCCAGCAACAGCACCGGAAGAAAUUACCAUUCCAGAGGAUUGGGAGCCAAUGCCGAUCGAUCCCAACUAUACAGCUCCCGGUUUCCGCUUAUUAAAGUACUGUGGAGUGACACUAAAUAAUGUUCACCUCCAAUGGGGUAUCACGAAAUCGUUGGAGCAGUUUCAAGGCAGGCGUUCCGAUGUCAUCGUGGCCAGCUUUCCCAAGUCGGGCACCACUUGGCUGCAGGAAGUCGUGUGGCGUGUCACCCAUCACCAGCCAACGGCUGGCGAGAAAGGACCAAAGACCUGCUUGGAGUACCGAUUCCCUGUGCUAGAGUCACAGCCCCAGGAGAAACUCAUGGAUAUGGUGUCUUUGAGCGACAUGACGGACCAGAGAUUCAUAAAGACACACCUGCACUAUCAUAUAUUACCAGAAAGCGUCAAGACGAGCGGUGCCAAGGUGCUGUACGUACAUCGUGAUGCAAGGGAUGUCUGCGUUUCCUUUUACCAUUUCUCGAGGAUGUUGAAUAUCUACAAGUACCGCGGCUCAUUCGCAGAUUUCCGCGACAACUUCAUGCGCGGCGAAAUAGUGCACGGUCCUUACCGGGAGCACGUGCAGGGCUACCUGGAGCACUCCGACACUGUACUCUGUCUCACGUACGAGCAGAUGCACCAGGAUCGCGGCUCGGUCGUCCGUAAGGUGGCAGACUUCCUGGGAGUCUCCCUGAGCGACGCCGACGUCGACGAUAUCGUGAAGAACACCAGCUUCGAAGUGAUGAAGGCGAACCCGGACACCAACUUCCGGCAGUGGGAAGACAGUGGACUGGUGUCCGGCACCGAAGAAGGCACCUUCAUGAGGAAGGGGGUGGUUGGCGACUGGAGAAACUACUUCACUGAAGAGGAGAGCGAAGCCUUCUUGAAGUGGCGGAACGAAGAGGUCGCUCCUCUGAAUUAGCGCCUCCACAGGCCAGUGAAGAAAAGUGCGCAGAAACCAUUUAUCGGAAAUAUGUUUUAGCGUUACUAGAAUAGGUUAUUAGAGAGGGGAUGAAGAAAUUUUACUACUUUUAUCCAUGUAAUUUGUUGUUCUGGCUUAAAUAUAAGCGAGAUACUCUCUCAAGCCGUAUAUUGUAUUGUGCUAAAAAUGUUUGCGCUGGUAUAAUGUGAACAAGAAUGUGUUACUUUUAUCGUUGGCGACUUUUAAAAGGGUUUUUGAAGAAAUAUGCAUGCACAGAUAACCCCAUCGCAACCUGCAGCUUGCAAGUCAUAAUAAACAUUUCCAAUAAACUGUAGCUUCAAAUAAAUAUAUAUUUACUCUUAAUAGCUUCACGAGAUGACAUUGCUGUGAAAUGAAACAAGAUGCAGGACAAUGUGAACAAUGAUCGAUGCCUUGACGUCGGACUUGGACGUGUCUCACGCUGAAUCUCGCGCUUCUACAACUUCUAGCGAUCCGAAGGUUCCUUCAAAGGUUACUCCAAUAUCUCCAAUGUCUACGCAAUGGAUGAACACAAUGCACAUUGCACAUGUACACUCAAUGAUUUUUUACACUCAUAAAACAACAUAGGAACAUGACACCUCGACCACCCUCCCAGCAGCCAUUUUCUUUUCAACGGGCUUCUUUGCUGUGAUCUUCUUC